AUGGUAACCUUUAGAGGAGUUAUAUCAAACCUUAGGUCGGCCACUCCUAUUCCCAUUGCCAUUCCUACCCGUAUUCAAUUUGAAGGAACGAAAGUUAAACGAGAAAAAAUGAAGUCAAUCCUGGAGAAAAUUAACACAAGGAAAAACGUCGAUGAGAUCAACAGAGAAACGAUACUUCCUUCGCCACAAUCUCAGACAGCCAAAACAAUCGUAUUGGACUUGGAUAACACUCUGAUCAAUGCAACAUUCUCUGCCACACCAUCCCACUACGACUUUUUGUCCGAAUUGGCAAAGAUUUAUGAAGUUGUGGUCUUUACUGAGGCACCCAAAAAGGAUGCUGAUGUUUUUCUGGAUAAGUUUGAUGUUAACAGGUAUAUUGACCGGCGGCUGUACAGAGACUCGCCUUGGACUGGUAAAGAUCAUGUGAAGAGUUUGAGUAAGGGGACUCUCAAGUGUGUUUUGGAUGUGGAUUUGAAGGACGUUAUUGUUGUUGAUCAUGAGGGAGUUGGGUAUAUGUUUGAGAAAGAAAAUGGGUUUUUCGUGAAGAGAUUUGAGGGAGAUGUGGAGGAUGGAGAGUUGUAUGAGGUUUUGGAGAUUUGUAAGGCUGCUGCUGGGUAUGAAGAUGUGAGGGAAUUUAGAAGGGGAGUGCCCAUCAGAUUUAGAAGCGAGAAUAGGCCUCAGAAAAGAGCUUCGAGUUGUACAGUGCAAUGA